UACCGUUGGGUUGAGUACUCAAUUCAAGCUGACUCUGCUUUUUGCUAUUACUGCAGAAAUUUCAGUAUUGGUCCGAAUAUGAAUAGCUGAGUAAAAGAUUUUUACUUAUUACGAAUUCUUCGCUAUUACCUAUGUUUUUCUUUACUUCUAUUUUUUAAGGCUCAGAAUGAUGCAUUUAUUAGCGAGUAUAAUCACUGGAAAAAUGCAAAUACUGUUAACUUUGGUUUCUCCAAACAUGAAAAUUCUGUCUCACAUAAACAUCCGUAUUUUAAUUAUAUUAAAUAUAGUAAAAGAAAAUCUAAACCAUGCAACUGUCGUCGAAGUCAUUGACAAAAGCAGAGCUGCGCUCAUUACGAAAAACAAACAACGUUUAGCUAAAAUUGCUUCAACUGUGUUACUGUGUGGACGCCAAAUGAUUUCUCUCCGUGGACAUGACGAAAUGAACAGUAAGAUCGUUCGAAUUUGCUGUCUUAUUAAUAAAAGCUGUUUCUCUCGUAUAGGUCUUUAACUCGAGGAAAUUUCAUUGAAAUAUUGAAGUAUACAGUAGUCACUAAUCCUUAGCUCAAUCAAUUCUUGAAGAUAGUGCAUCAAAUGCUACAUAUCUAAGUCUAACGAUUCAAAAUGAACUGAUACAUCAUCUUGGAAGUCAAGUUAGAGAAAGUAUAGCUGAAAAAGUUGGAAAUCGUUUGUCUUGUAUUAUGGUCGACGAAGCUCGAGACAUCUCAGGCUCUGAACAGCUCAGUGUUGUUUUAAGAGUUGUUGAUGACAAACAUGUACUUGGAAUAAUUAAAAUUGUCUCAGAUGUUUUGAAAGGAAAACAACUGGACUUUUCAAAAGCCAGUAUUCUUAUGCAAUCUACUAUUUCUCAAAUGACAGAUCUGCGAAGUGAACAGGUAUUUAAAAAUCUGUUUGUCGAAAUUUCUAAAUUCACAGCAGACCAUCAGAUUGAUUUAAAUGUACCAUCACGGCUUCGAAGAAUACCUACACUGUCAACUCGUUUUAAAGAUUCAAUUAUUACAGGUACGAUUGGUCAUCAAGAUGUUGCUGAUAAUGAGUAUAAAUUUAGAACAUCACUUUACUAUCCGUUACUUGAUGCAGUUCUUAUUGAACUGAAUGAUCGUUUCUCGAAUAAAAACUGUGAAAUUCUCAGUGUAGUUCCGUCUCUAAGUCCAGAUAGUCCGAGCUUUCUCAAUGCAGACAAUUUGAUACCCUUAGCUUCUAUGGUGAAAUGUAACGUUCCAUCGUUAACUAAUGAAAUUACUGUAUUAAAGAACAUGUUGAAAGAUACAAAAUCGAAAACAAUUAUUGAUGUUUAUUUUGAAAUUGUUCUUUUUAAACAAGCAUUUUCGUCUGUUCUGUCUCUACUUCGUGCUGCCAUUACUCUUCCAGUUAGCUCUACCACCUGCGAGCGCACGUUCAGUACAUUAAAGCAAAUAAAAACGGCGUCGAGGAACAGUGUGAGUGAUGAACGUCUCAGCAAUCUGUGUUUAUUAUCAGUUGAACGUCAAAUUGAUUUAAAUUAUGAACAGUUAAUUGAUACUUUUUCUUCUAAUCAUCCAUAUGAAAACUACCUGCUUUUUCCUCGCAACGAUUCAAGCCGGGAGACCGCGAUAUUCGGAUCGGGCAUGUCGAGAAACGGUGUUCACCUAAGUUUCAUCUUGAAGGCAGA